GUGGGCCAAAAGCCUCUGAGGGGACAGACAAAGGCAGAGACACAUAAAGAGAACAUUGUUAGACCAUAGCAACAGGAAUUCGUGAUACCUGAACAAAAACAAGUUUCGGAACAAAGUACCAAAAUAGACUCAAACAUCGAAAGUGAAUUACAGCAUGAAGAAAGGAGGGGACGACUGAUGAUUUGACCUGUUUCCUCUCUUUGUGAUGUAACAUACGGCUUCAAGACAGAGGCUGUCUUCGGUGCAACACGAGUAUUAGAGGCUGGCGGACUGACGCAUACUGCAAGCUUUAAAGCUAUUAUAUGUGCGACCUGAUGGCUACAAGUAUGAGCUCGUCCUGACCAUGGCAUCCAUGGACACCCCCAUCAGUGGACAAUGGCCUCAUGCCUGAUACAAGCUCAGAACUGAUCCACAGUGCAAACGUGUCUGGUAUAAAAAAAAUGAUAAUAAUGAAUGGCAGUUGCCAAAACUCAGGGGAGUUGCGGAUGUAUCAGCACCAUCUUUAUGCAGUGGUGUAUAGUGUCAUCCUUGUGCCGGGGUUGCUCGGGAACAUCCUGGCAUUAUGGGUGUUCAGGCUCUACAUCCGAGAAACUAAAAAGGCGGUGGUGUUCAUGAUGAAUCUGGCUGUGGCUGACCUGAUGCAGGUUCUUUCCCUGCCUCUGAGGAUCUACUAUUACCUCAACGACAACUGGCCAUUUGGUCGUACGCUCUGUAUGAUCUGUUUCUAUCUGAAGUACGUCAACAUGUACGCUUCCAUAUACUUUCUGGUGUGUGUGAGCAUGCGCCGCUGUGAACUCAUUAUGCGGCCGCUAAGGUACAACACCUCCAGGCAAAAGGUGGACCUGGUCGUAUGCAUCCUGGGGUGGCUCUUGGUUUGCCUGUGCUGUCUGCCCUUCCUUCUGCUGAGAAACCCUGAUGAUGGCCUUGUGACCUCAGGCAUGGUGUGUUUCUCAGAGCUGCCCAUGCAUAUGGUCAGCACCUCAGCAGCCUGGGUUAUCUUGAUAAUAGGCGAACUUCUCGGUUUCAUCAUCCCUUUCACCGUGGUCCUCACCUGCACCUGCCUGACUGCAGGGAGCCUUCGGAUGAGGACUACCGGGACCAUUCCUGACCAGGGUGAGAAGCGGAGAGCUUUGAGGAUGGUGCUAAGCUGCACCAUUGUCUUCUUAGUGUGCUUUGCGCCUUAUCACAUCACUAUGCCCUUGGACUUCUUGGCAAAGGCCAACUCAUUGAGCAGUUGCACCCUGAAGGACCUGAUCCUGAUAUGUCACCCUGUCACACUUUGCUUGGCUAGCCUAAACUGCAGCCUGGAUCCCAUCAUGUAUUACUUCACAACAAAGGAAUUCUGGAGGCGACUGAGCAAGCCAGAUAUACCAGAGCGAGGGAUUUUAAGCAGGUGAAUGUCCCAAGUGGAGGACUUGGUGUUAAUGACUUUUUUUGAAGGACCAGUAAUUGAAACCACUAAUCCUCAUGAUGUUUGCACUUUGAGAUGAAAAUAGAGCUGUAAAUUACAAACCAAGUGCGUAUUCUGACCCUAUUUCAUGCAUAUUUUCCAACUCCAUGCUGUAUAAGCUUGACUGCUUACUCAAUACAAGCAUAUCAAGUGAUGUGUAUUUGUGAUAUGAGGGAUGGUGAGGCCUCAGCAGAUCAAUACCUGAUAUCAGUGUGCAUAAUUAUUAGGCAGCUUGUUUUCCUCAGGCAAAAUGGGGCAAAAAAAACAUUUACUAAGUGACUGAAAAGUCUGUAAAAGUUUUUUCAGAGGUAUGCAGUAUUCUUGAAAUUGCUAAGAUAUUGGGGUGUGACCAUAGAACCAUCAAAUGUUUUAUUGCAAAUAGUCAACAAUGUUGCAAGAAACGUGUUAAGGAAAAAAAUGAUGCAAAUUAACUGCCAAAGAGUUAAUAAGACUGAAAUGUGAAGCUAUCCAGGAACCCAUUAUCCUUCAGUGCUACCAUAUUCCGGAAAUUCACUCUACCUGGAGUGCUCAGAGGUACCAAGCGUUUAGUGCUCAGAGACAGGGCCAAGGUACGGAAGGCUGUCCACCACUGAACAAGACACACAUGUUGAAAUGUAAGGAAAUAUCAGAAGACAGACUUUUCAAAGAUCUUAUAAUGAGACGAGAGUGACUCUUAACGGACCAGCUGGACACAUGGCUGGAUCAGUAACGGCCACAGAGCUCCACAAAAUGUGGACUUGAAAUUAACAUAAAUUAAAGUAAA